AUGUUGAGAAUAGACGUUUUUCAGCGGCUCUCGGCUGAGGAGACGGCCCGUUACGAGGAGCUGAGCAAGAGCUACUUUGAGGACUUUUACGCCGGUGCUGCUUCGACCGCUGAUUGCUUGUCGUCACUUGAGCAAGAGAAGUGCUACACCGACAGCUCCCUGCCCUCGUGCUCAAAUCCGGUCUCGCCGCUUCCGAAAGAGCUACCCACUCCGACAGACGCGGAGCUCGACGCGCUAUAUAACGACAUGUUGCACAAGGACAGCCCACUGGAGACGCUCGCAUUCGCCCAUCCUGGCAGUCAGCAACAGCAACAGCAGCAUUCUCUGAACGACCCGACAACCACGCCAGUUAUGCACAACGUAUCACUUGGAGUGCCACUCACGCAGGCUAACUUGACCGACGUGAUGCCCCAAAUGAACUUCUCCUGCGAGCUGCCAUGCCCGCCCGCACUCGUCGGAGCCUCCGCCAUCCCCUCGGCCGCCUUCAACAGCUCCCACUUCUGGCACAACCACACCGAGGGACCCCUUCCCGGAUAUCUCCGAACCGAGGGGUUGAACAACCUCACCAUGGCCGUCCAGCAGAUGUGCCACAAUGAGCCCGUCUUGGCCGAGAUCGGCGCCGUCAACUAUUCGACGAACGUGCAGCCGCCGGUGGUUACGAAUCUCCAAGUUCCGUAUGCAAACCUGAACGGUGGAUUGUACGACAGCUUUGGGCGGAGGUCGGCUUCGAUUAGCAAUGAAUCCUCCAUCGAAUCCUCGUCAUCAUCAGCCUCCCCACGCUACAGCAGCGAAGCGGAGAACCACUCCCCCAGCCAGAGCCGCUUCUACGGCAAACUCCUCCCCCAACCAAUCGAGUCCCAACACGACAAAUACCACCUCUACGACAAGGCCCGUGUCCCGAUCGUCUGCUCCGUCCUCCCCCGCCGUCGUGGCCGCCAGAGCAAAGACGAGCAGCUCGCCAUGGCCUAUCGACUCCCCGCCACCGCCGCCGCCAUCUCCGACAUGUCCCUCCCCGAGCUCCAGAAAAUGCUCAGAUGCGAGGACCUGUCCGAAGAACAAAAGAACCUGAUCCGCAAGAUCCGCCGCCGCGGGAAGAACAAGGUCGCCGCCCGAACUUGCCGCCAACGCCGCGGCGAGGUGAAGCCGGAUGGGGCCCCGGCUGUCCCACAGAAUUUGGGCCAUUUGAAUGCGUGGAACGGCCAGAAUGAGCACGCCCGCACCCUGUUCCGCCGGCAA